AUGGCUUCGUCUCAGUUGACAACGCUCAGUAAUCUGGGUGUAAAGAUCGACCCCGGCGGCCGACUCAGCGACUGGGCCGGUCAACCACCUCUUCACCCACUUCCCUUUUACCGACCACCGGGGGAGCGAGGGACGCAUCAGGAAUACGACGAAGACGACAAUCUCGUGGUGGCUGAAUAUCUGACCGCGGCCCUGGCGGCCAACGUCAAAGCCUUGGUGAUUUAUGAAGAGCUCGCCGUCCUGGCUCCCCGACACACCUUCUCAGCCUACCAGAGCAAGGGCAACUACAUGAUGCGAGAGGCGCUCGUUCCAAAGUCCUUCCCCGACAGCCACUUUGAAACUCCCUUUCCCAACCUCGAUCGCGCCAACGCCAUCUCGGUGUCAGGUCCGGCACGGUCACGCACCCCAGAUUCCCUCAACCUCACAUACAGCGAUGUCCGCAUGGACCUCUUCAAGUCGAUGCUGUGCAUGACGGGGUUCCCUGACCGCGACGCCGUGGUUGAGAUGCUCAAUCAGACGUGGUUCGUGGUCGCCUACAAAGAGUACACCCAAGGCGCCUCCAUCGACCUCCAGGCACUGGAUUCGCCUCACGAUCCAUAUGGUUGUCUACAGGGCAGAGAUUCGCAUCGUUGGAAGUUGGAUCGGACGAUCACCACCUUGAAAACUUGUAGUCAACGAUAUGUCGGUGACACUGUCAACAAAGAGGGGUGGGACGUGAACGAUCACGAAAUCAGGUUCAUCACUCGCCUCGCGAUUGAAGGCCGUCAGUCAGGUCGCUGUUGGGAAGAUACCGCGCAAGAUACAAACAACCCCUGGAACAUUGUGUGUCGCCGUGCAUUCUGGGUCAUGUCCUGGAUCCGUUGGAUUCAUAAGCCCACCCUUGGAACCAGUGACUCGAUGCAGACAGUCCUCAAGACCAAGCUCGAGUGGAGAGCUUUUAUUCAGUCCGCCUGCGAUCGCCUCGGGGCCCAACCUCACUCCACGCGGUGGGAGACGGUGGACGAAAUCGCCAUUCAAACCUCAGCUGUGGCCGAAGUGGCGGAAGUGGCGGCACUGGAAACGUCAGGGGACGAGCAGCCCGCCUUGAGUGCGACCCACGUGCAAAGCUUCCCCACGGCGCCAGUGGCUGAGCACCAUGAACAAGAGAUACGCCCCACGGACGGCCAGACAACAGCAGUGGUGAAGGUCGACCUGGAGUCGUUCAAGUUCCCAAUGUCACCCACCAAAAACCAGCAAAAAGGGGUGUACUUUAUCCAAGAGGGUGGUCUUCGGUCCUUCAACAACUAUACUGACAGGCUCCUCCGCCGUUGGGGAGUCGGACGAGCUCAUGCCGGUACCUGUGUCAUCCUCCCUGCCCACUGGGUGGGUCUGGCGCCUCUUGACGUGAUGGACCAAUUUGAACCCGCGUGGUGCCCCGUCGACGAGUCCACGGAAAGCCGUAUGACUUUCUCCCUCGACGAUAUGACUAUGGCGUGCCAAGACACUCCGUCUCUAUGGGAUGCCUAUUCCAAAACAUUGUGUAAAGCACCAGCCGCCGUGUCUUCUCCAGGCCCCCGGAGCUAUCAACGUGUCACAUCCCGCUGGUCGCAUGUCAAGAUAGACCACAAGGACCUCCCGGUAGAUGGACGGCUCGAAGAGAUCCGAAGAUCCGCGAGAGAGUACCAAGAAUACCUAACCAUCCACCACCAGGAUAACCAGGCCUCGAGCUUUCCUACGAGGCUUAAGAUCACACAGGCACUGGCCAGCAACUUCACGUGGGAGGUGGUAGAGGGUUGGAGCCUGCCUCAUGACAGUCGACGUCGAGGUAGGGCCGUCACUGAUGCAAACGAGGCCGGUGAGGUUGGCCAGUGA